AUGGCACCCUCAGCAACAGCAACUGCAACUGUGACCGACCCGGUCAACCUCCCGGUGAACAACCUCCGUCUGUACGCCGACGGCUCCGGUGACUACAAGGAGCUUUCGCCUACUACGUAUGACAAGGACGCCGAGGCGAAGGGAGGAGACGGCCACGAGGGCGCAAAGUACCCUCACUACCUUCCCACGUGGAACCCUGAGCAACAAUACCCUCCCCUGCAGCCUUUCCAGCACUAUGAGCACGGAAAGGAUGCGGACCCCAGCUACCCGGAUCUCCUCCCCAAGGACGCCCAGGUGACGGACCUGACGCCCUCGAUCGGCACGGAGGUCAGGGGCGUCCAGCUCAGCCAGCUCAGCAACGCCGGGCGCGACCAGCUUGCCCGCUUCGUGGCGGAGCGCAAGGUCGUCGCCUUCCGCGCGCAGGACUUCGCCGACCUGCCCAUCGACAAGGCGCUCGAGUUCGGCGGCUACUUCGGCCGCCACCACAUCCACCCGACCUCCGGGUCGCCCGAGAACUUCCCCGAGGUCCACCUCGUCCACCGCGCCGCGGGUGACCGGUCGGCCGAGAAGUUCUUCGCCACGAGGACGAGCUCCAUCGCCUGGCACUCGGACGUCUCGUACGAGCAGCAGCCCCCCGGGACGACGUUCCUGUACAUCCUCGACAAGCCCGAGACGGGAGGCGACACGCUCUUCUGCAACGCCGCCGAGGCGUACAACAGGCUCAGCCCGCUCUUCCAGGAGAGAUUGCACGGUUUGCAGGCCGUCCAUUCUGGCAUCGAGCAGGUCGCCGCGUCGGUAAAGAAGGGCAGCAUCAAGCGCCGCGAGCCGGUUGCCAACGUCCACCCCAUCGUCCGCACGCACCCCGUGACCGGAGAGAAGGCCCUCUUCAUCAACCCCCAGUUCACCCGUGAGAUCGUUGGCCUGAAGAAGGAAGAAUCAGACGCCCUGCUCAAGUUCCUCUACGAGCACAUUGCGUGGGGCGCCGACUUCCACGCCCGCGUCAAGUGGGAGGAGGGCACCGUCGUCGUCUGGGAUAACCGCGUUACUCAGCACUCCGCCCUGAUUGACUGGAACAACGGCUCACGGAGGCACCUGGCCAGAAUCACGCCGCAGGCCGAGAGGCCGUACGAGACCCCCUUCAAGGGUUGA